CCUCCCUCCCUCCCUCCCUUCCUUCCUUCCUUCCUUCCCUGUGCAUGCCUGGAGGAGGGACUUCCUCCUCUCCUAGAGGAGACUCUGCUCUCUCUUGCAGCCCGGAAAGAGACCGAAUUGCAGCUUCCUGCAGGAACCGCAGCGCCAGCAACCAGAGAUGGGGGCCCCCAGAAGAGAUCCAACCCAGCUGCUGCCACCCAGGAAGAAAGCCUUUAUGCUUCAGUGGAGGACAUGAAAUCUAAGGAUGGUGUUGAGCUGGACAGUUCGAGACCACCUGAGGAAGACCCCACGGGAGAGACAUAUGCCCAGGUGAAACCCUCCAGGCACAGGAGGGCAGAAGCUGUCCUACCUUCUGUCCUGUCAGGAGAAGUCCUGGAAACAAAAGAUGGAAACAAAACAGAAGAGGGCAGAGAG